UCUUCUCUCCACACCGCCGCUUUCGUUCUUGCUUUUAUUCCAGACAAUUCAUUAAGAAAGAGAUGGCUCAGGUUAUUGUUGUCGGCGGUGGUCUCGCUGGUCUUUCGGCAGCUCACACUCUGCUUGAGAGGGGCGCGAGUGUACUCUUGCUCGACAAGCAGGGUUUUAUGGGUGGUAACUCAACAAAAGCGACCUCUGGUAUCAACGGUGCCGGUACACAAACACAGCAGGAGGCCGGAAUUCCGGACAAUGCGAAGAUCUUCUUCGAGGAUACGAAGAAAUCUGCUCGCGAACUUGCUCGUGAUGACCUCAUCACAGUGCUCACUGGGCGCUCUGGUGACGCCGUCAACUGGCUCCAGGACAAGUUCGGCCUCGAUCUCUCCAAGGUGGCCCGUCUCGGUGGCCAUAGUCAGCCUCGUACCCACCGUGGUAAUGCUCAGUUCCCAGGAAUGGUGAUCACAUACGCCCAAAUGGAGCGCCUCGAGGACCUCGCCAUCUCUACCCCCGACCGUGUCAAAAUCGUGAAGAAAGCCCGCGUAACGAAGCUCAUCAAAGACUCUGACGGUUCCGUCGUCGGCGUCGAGUACGAACACAAGAACAAGACCGAAACUGCUCACGGACCCGUCGUCCUCGCCACGGGAGGCUACGCCGCCGACUUCACCUCCGAUUCGCUUCUUAAGAAGUACAGGCCAGAAUACUACGACCUUCCUACCACGAACGGUGACCAUUGUACUGGUGAUGGACAUAAGCUUGCUUUGGGUAUCGGUGCGAGUGCGAUUGACUUGGAGAAGGUGCAGGUGCAUCCGACGGGUCUCGUGGAUCCCAAUGAGCCGGAUGCGAAGGUCAAGUUCUUGGCGGCAGAGGCGUUGAGAGGUGUCGGUGGGUUGUUGUUGGAUAAUGAGGGCAAGCGGUUCGUCGAUGAGCUUCAGCACCGAGACUUCGUUACCGGUAAGAUGUGGGAGAAUGGCAAGUACCCCAUUCGACUCGUUCUUAACGGACAGGCGUCGAAGGAGAUCGAGUGGCACUGCAAGCACUACGUCGGCCGUGGCUUGAUGAAGAAGUUCGACAGCGGUGAGGCUCUCGCAAAGGAGAUGGGCCUCACGCCCGCGCAGCUCAAGAAGACUUUUGACGACUACAACGCCGUCGUACGCGCGAAGAAGGAUCCAUUCGGCAAGAAAUUCUUCUCCUCCGGCGAAUGGUCCAUGACCGACUACUUCAACGUCGCCAUCAUGACUCCCGUACUGCACUAUACCAUGGGCGGCCUCGAGAUCGACGCCGAGUCGCGUGUCGUCUCGAAGGAGGGCAAGCCAAUCCCUGGACUGUUCGCUGCUGGUGAGGUCGCGGGUGGUGUGCACGGCGCGAACAGGCUGGGAGGCUCGUCGCUGCUGGGGUGUGUCGUUUUCGGACGGGUGUCGGGUGACUCGGCGGCUUCGUAUCUGUUGCAGUCGUAUGCGUCGGGUAAGGCUGCGUCGAGAUUGGCGGCUAUUAGUGGGCAUGUCGAGGGCAAGCCUGCGACUGCCUCCGCCUCAGAAGAGAAGAACACAUCCUCUGCCGCCGCCUCAUCAUCGUCAUCGUCAUCGUCAACAAAAGCGUUCACUCUCGAAGACGUCGCCAAGCACAACAAGAAGGAUGAUGUCUGGGUUGUGGUGAACGGCCAAGUCCUCGACGUUACGUCCUUCUUGCCCGACCAUCCGGGAGGAGAGAAGGCGAUUCUGUUAUAUGCUGGUCGGGACGCAACGGAGGAGUUCAAUAUGUUGCACGACCCGAAAGUUAUCCCCAGGUAUGCGGCAGACUCGGUCAUCGGGGACUUGAAGAAGUAGGCUCAGUUCGAAGUGGGUGCGAACUUUGUGUGUGGCGACGUGGCGGUGGCGAGCGGGAUCGUUUUAUUGGAUUUGUUUCUUUUCUCCUGCGGUUUCUUUCCCAUCUCAUGCUAUCCGCUAUUCGGGCUUUCCGACCAUUUGUUCUGACUAUCUUUUAUCAUCUCUGUUUUCGUCGUUUUGUGUGGCUCCCGACUCGCUCAUAUGCGUACGGUCGGGUGUUGUACAAUGUAACUUUAUUAUACAUAUCAUUCUUGUAUUCAUUCGUCGGCUCAACGUGCG